GUAUUAAGCAAAGAUGGCUACUGAAUUAACCGUUCAAUCCGAAAGAGCUUUCCAAAAGCAACCACACAUCUUUACCAACCCAAAGGCCAAGGCCAACAGAAAGACCAAGAGAUGGUACAAGGACAUUGGUUUAGGUUUCAAGACCCCAAAGACCGCCAUUGAAGGUACUUACAUUGACAAGAAGUGUCCAUUCGUUGGUACUGUCUCCAUCAGAGGUAAGAUCUUGACCGGUACUGUUGUCUCCACCAAAAUGCACAGAACUAUCAUCAUCAGAAGAGACUACUUGCACUACGUUCCAAAAUAUAACAGAUACGAAAAGAGACACAAGAACGUCGCUGCUCACGUUUCCCCAGCUUUCCGUGUCCAAGAAGGUGAUGUCGUUACCGUUGGUCAAUGUAGACCAAUCUCUAAGACCGUUAGAUUCAACGUCAUCAAGGUUGCCGCUGCUGCUUCCAAGUCCAAGCAAUUCACUAAGUUCUAAACAGCUAACAAAACGUUAAUAUGAUUUCAAAAACUGAAGACGUCUCUCCCGAGAUGGUCUAGUAUAUAUAGUAUUUAUAUAAGUUUUGUUUCUGUUUUAUUAGGGUCUUUUUCUUUUAAUGUUACAUUAGUCUUAU